CUCCAAUUCACCAAAUACUCAUGGCUGUACCUUCACUACUACACUCAGUCAUCUUUCUCUCCCUUUAUCUAACCUCCACCAACUAUGCCGCCGUCGUCCCCAAACGCACCACCCUCCAAUUAUUCCACGUCAACAGCCCCUUCCACACAAAACCAGACCCACUCUCAUGGGACGAGUUGCAAUCAAAAGACCAGGCCAGGCUGAACUACUUAGUCAGUCUGGUCACCCGCAAAUCACUCCCCAUUGCUUCUGGACGUCAGCAGGUGGUUCAGAGCCCCACGUAUGUCAUCAGGGCUAGUGUCGGCACCCCACCCCAGAGCUUCCUUAUGGCUCUAGACACCAGCAAUGACGCGGCUUGGGUCCCUUGUGGUGGCUGUGAAGGCUGCCCUUUAACCGUUUUCUCAUCUGAAAACUCCACCUCUUACAAGAUACUAGAUUGUCAAGACAUUCAUUGCCAACAGGUUCCGUCUCCCUUUUGUGCUACUGGCUCAUGUAGCUUCAACGUGACAUACGGUGGUUCAAUUGUUUCAGCUAAUCUCUCACAAGACACUGUUAAUCUUGGUGGAGACGACAUCCCUGGCUACACCUUUGGCUGCAUCAAGAAGAUCACUGGCCCCAGCUCAAUCCCGAGUCAGGGUCUUCUUGGUCUGGGUCGUGGUCCAUUGUCACUUGUUUCGCAAAGCCAAAACUUGUACCAAUCCACAUUCUCUUAUUGCCUUCCUAGUUACAAGGCCUUAAACUUCUCUGGUUCACUCUGGCUAGGACCAGUUGGCCAACUGAAGAAGAUCAAAUACACACCUCUACUUAAGAAUCCAAAAAGAUCUUCUCUAUACUAUGUAAACUUGGUAGCCAUUAAGGUUGGUCGGAAAAUUGUGGGUAUUCCACCAAGCGCCCUUGCGUUCAAUGCCACCACCGGAGCCGGAACUAUCAUCGAUUCAGGAACCGUGUUCACGAGACUAGUGCAACCAGUAUAUGAAGCGGUGAGAGAUGAGUUUCGACGUAGGAUGGGUCCGACAGCAAAUGUAACGACAUUGGGAGGAUUUGACACAUGUUACAAUGUCCCAAUAACUAUACCUUCUAUUGUAUUGGUGUUUGAUGGUUUGAAUGUGUCAUUACCACAAGACAACUUCCUGAUACGCAGUUCAUCUGGUAGCAUUUCAUGUCUUGCUAUGGCUGCUUCUCCAAACAAUGUCAAUUCUGUGUUGAAUGUUAUUGCUAGUUUCCAGCAACAAAACAACCGUUACAUCUUCGACAUCCCAAAUAACCGCCUUGGAAUUACGCGUCAAGCUUGCUCUUAGAUAUUGAGGGCGAAUGCUUAUUUAAAUAACAAGUUUUUUCUAAUAAUAUAGUUUGGAAGAAUCUUUAAUUACUACUUUCUUAAUUCCUUGGAGGUGAUUUGUGGAUUUCGGGUAAAGUUACCCUUUUUGUUGAAUGAUGUAAUUUGCAGAGAUGUUUCUUAUUAAAAUUGUUGGUUAAGACACUCUC